AUGAACAUGGCCGAAUCUCAAAAGAUCCAAAAGGCGUCCUUCUUCAACAUCUGUUCCAACUUUCUGGAGGCCGGCAUCAAGAUCGUGCUUGUUUGUGAUGGAAAAGACAAGCCUGCUGUCAAGCGACUCAAGAAACGGCCGAACUACACCAAGGAACAGGCUGAAAUUACGGCUUUCAGAGAGAUCGCUGCGUCACUAAGAAUUCCAGUGGUGGAUGCAGCUGGAGAAGGAGAGGCCCAGUGUGCUCAUAUGCAGAGGCAUGGACCGGCUGACUUUGCAUACACGGAGGACUCGGAUGUGAUUAUUUUUGGAGCUCGAAAGAUUGUCCGGAAGCUGAAGAAGACGAAAGAGAAGGCCAAGGGUAAGAAUCCUUCUGAAGACAAGGACAGCGACAAGGAAAAGGACAAGAACGCUACCAAGUCUAAACAGAAUGUGGAUGGACGGUUUGCUAUCUACGAGAUGCCUGACGACCACAAGUGGGCUUCUCCAUCCAAGCUGCUGUGUUACGCUAUUUUACGAGGAGGAGAUUACAGCACUGGAGGCAAAUUCAUUGCGGACGCAUAUGCUGGAGCUAUUGCUCAGGGAGGAGAUUGGGCCGAGAGGUUAUACGAGAUAUCCAAACUUGAUCCAAAUAGCAACGUUGUUUUCGAGAGGCCAAAGAAGGAGAAACAGCUGCGCCUAUGGGCCAAAGAUCUGCAAGCAGAAAUCGUCCAACCUCCUGUGCCAAUAAUGUCCAAGGAUGGAUCGAAGCUGCUCAAGAAGACUAUCGUUCCCAGGAGUGACCUGUUCAAAAACAUGGAUAGGAACAUUGGUAACAACGCUGUGGUUGUUGCUCCUGAGCUGGCAAACAUUGAAUCUUAUGCUACUCCUAAGAUUGUGAAGAGAUAUAACUUCACCACAGUUCCCGAGUUCACUCUUGAUCACAAAUUUUUCAGAGACUAUGGUAAGGAGCUGGGUUGGAUCACUAAAGAAGGUGACGAUACUCUGUGGUUCAAACGAAUGGCUCGUCCUCAAAUGGUUCGUUAUCUGAAGGAUAACAACCACAGCAAGUAUUUCAGGUUUGUCAACCAGCGUGACAAGUCAUGCGAUAAAGACGUCUAUCUCAUUGAGUACUGCCCCUACUACAUUGUACAGUACCCCAAUCACAAGUGCAGUCAUUGUGGAGAAGAUGCAUGUCGUCGUAUAAAGAGCUCUGUAUCUGCCAGCAUUCUGAUGCAGAGCCAGUACGAUUACAAGCAGGUCUAUGUCGACCAUUUGACCAAGCCAAGAGCAAAAAAGCCUCGAGCUAAUAAGAAACACGCCAAGUCGUCUUCCUCGUCCUCCUGCGCCUCUAUCACUUCAUUCUUCACCGUCACUAAACCACUUGAGACUGCUUCUCCUCACAAGCAUAAUGAGACGACCAUGCCACAGGCGAUUUCUGAUUCGGACGACAUCAUCAUUGCCGACGAACCGUUUGCGCCAGUGAUUGUAUCUAGUCCCGAGGAGAUUAUGAUCACAGAUGAGAAGCCGGCUUCAUAUGAUGGAAAGUUCGGUUAUGGAGACGACUUCGACUGGGACUUAGCCAUGGGAAAGACUUCUACCAGCAGUAAACCAGCCACAAAACAAUCUGCGCUUCCUGGCUUGACCCGAUCUGCUGCUGCUCUUUCACGGAAGCCAGCAAACAAAGUCGCCAAGAAGAAAUCAGCUGGUGCAAGUCCCACGAAGGCCUCAAAGGCUAGAAAACAAUCAACGCUCAGCUUCCUGUCUUCGAAAACAUCGACGGUGGAAGGAGUUGGAAAUGCCCCAGACAACCUGGGGGCUACCAUAGUUCUCUCGGACACUGAAGAGUCGACCGAAGAAGAUGUGCCAACAACAGUAAAUCUCGAUAGUUCACCUGUGAAGAUUCAGAGAGCCACUCGAAUUGGCACACGGGACUCUGACAAUCAGUUCUCCCAGAACCUCCAAACCUUUACAUCUUCCAAUGAUGGUUACUCUCAGCCUCUGCAGUCCUUUGCUUUUCCACCAGAACCGGAGUUGAUUGAGUUGUCGGAUUGA